AUGGCAGUCUUAUUCCUCCUCCUGCUGUUCCUUUGUGGAACCCCCCAGGCUGCUGUAGACAACAUCCGGGCCAUCUAUGUGGCCUUGGGGGAGGCAAUGGAGCUGCCAUGUCCCUCACCACCCACUCUACAUGGGGACGAACUCCUGUCUUGGUUCCACAGCCCUGUAGCAAGUUCCUUCACCACCUUGGUGGCCCAAGUCCAUGUGGCCAGGCCAGCUCCAGACCCUGGGAAACCUGGAAGGGAAUCCAGGCUCAAAUUGCUGGGGAACUAUUCUUUGUGGCUGGAGGGGUCCAAGGAGGGAGAUGCCGGGCGGUACUGGUGCACAGUGCUGGGUCAGCACCACGACUAUCAGAACUGGAAGGUGUAUGACGUCUCUGUGCUCAGAGGAUCCCAGUUAUCUGCGAGGGCUGCAGACGGAUCCCCCUGCUCUGUCCUCCUGUGCUCUGUGGUCCCCAGCAGACGCCUGGACUCUGUGACCUGGCAGGAGGGAAGGGGUCCUGUGAGGGGCCAUGUUCAGUCCUUCUGGGGUGAUGGGGCUGCCCUCCUCUUGGUGUGUCCUGGGGAGGGGCUUCCUGAGCCCAGGGGCCGCAGACCAAGAACCAUCCGCUGCCUCAUGCCUCACAACAAAGGGGUCAGCUUUAGCCUGGCAGCUCCUCCUGCCACCCUCUGUUCCCCUCCCACGGGCUGGGAUGUGCCCUGGAUCCUGCUGCUGCUGCUCACAGUGGGCCAGGGGGUCGCCGUCCUGGCCCUCAGCAUCAUGCUCUGGAGUCGGAGGGCCCGGGGGACUGCCGGCCGAGAUGCCUCGAUUCCUCAGUUCAAGCCCGAAAUCCAGGUCUAUGAGAACAUCCAUUUGGCCCGUCUCAGGUGA